GAUCGUGGAACAAAAACAAUUUUUUAUCCACAAUUUUGUUUAAUAAAACUUGGAAAUAAUUACUCGAAAACUCACAGUUUAAUAGUAUAUUUAAAAUGAUUGAAAUUCCCACGUCUACUAUAAUAACUGCUGAAUCUAAUGUACACACUUUGACGUUUACAAUACAACAGACAUGUUUGUAAUUUCAUUGUAAAUAAAGAAUAGGCGAUAGAUUUGCUUUUUUUAUACUGCUGAGUGACGUGAUCAUAUUGUUUUACUGUUGGUUUCAACAUUUUUCUAUUAUUUUGAAGCAAAUUUUCCGAAGAAAAUAAAAUGCCACCACGUAAAGCAACGCACGCAGGCAGCUGGUACACGAAUUCGGGCAGCCAACUGAAUCAGCAGCUUGAGAAUUGGUUAGAUAAGGCUGAAUUAACAUACGGGCCAGCUAGAGCAAUUAUUGCACCUCAUGCUGGUUAUUCGUACUGUGGUGCGUGUGCUGCGUUUGCAUACCGUCAAGUGAGCCCGGCUGUGGUGAAACGUGUAUUCAUUCUCGGUCCAUCGCAUCAUGUCCGAUUACGUGGUUGUGCAUUGUCGAUUGCUGAUAAAUACGAAACCCCACUGUAUGAUCUCAAAAUUGAUACUCAAAUCAAUGCAGAGCUCGAAAAAACCGGUAAAUUCUCCUGGAUGGACAUGAACACCGAUGAAGACGAGCACAGCAUCGAAAUGCAUCUACCAUACAUUGCAAAAGUGAUGGAAGAUUUUCGUAAUCAGUUCACCAUCGUGCCGAUUUUGGUUGGUUCGAUAUCGUCCGAUGUAGAAGCGAUUUACGGUGAAAUCCUCGCACCGUAUUUGGCCGAUUCGCAAAAUCUGUUCGUCAUCUCGUCCGAUUUCUGCCAUUGGGGGAAACGAUUUAGUUACACAUACUAUGACGAAUCGUGCGGGCAUAUUCAUAAAUCCAUCGAAAAAUUAGAUAAAAAUGGCAUGGAUAUUAUCGAAACAUUGAACCCGUCAGCAUUCAACGAAUACUUGAAGCGUUAUAACAAUACGAUUUGUGGUCGUCAUCCAAUCGGCGUAAUGCUACAGGCAGUAAAGUCGUUGCAAUCACGAGGCUAUCGCAUGAAUUUUAAGUUCCUCAAAUAUGCUCAGAGUAGUCAAUGUUUCAAUAUGUCGGAUUCAAGUGUCAGCUACGCAUCGGGGUCGCUAAUCUUUGAAUAAAUUUGAAUGGUUGAUAGAUAAGACGAGAAAUGCAACAUCACCUCAAAACUCUUCGAAUAAUUAUUAUGAUUCAAUGAUUUUUUGAAAUUAUUACUCUAAUGCAGAAUUUGUUUCAUUUCAUUUCUUUUUACUUUUGUUCAAAAUAAAUUCAAAUCAAUUUUAAUUCAUUUGUA